CCACUUCUCCUCCUGGGAACCAAAUAAGGAAAUGACGUGGUGCCUGAGCAGAGAUGGUCCCAAAUAGAAAACUGAAAUACUGACACCGGGACCGGGUCUGUGAGAGGCAGAGGAGCGGGUGGGAUCUGGCGGUGACACAAGACGAGGAUGGGUGACAAAGCAGUAGAUGAGGCAAGCUUCUACUCCAAUGCAGAGGACUACUGGAAGGAGGUUCCCCCCACAGUGGACGGCAUGCUGGGAGGCUACGGCAGUAUCUCCAACAUCGAUAUCAAUGGAUCCAGGUCUUUCCUGCAGAAGUUCCUCGGUGAAGGGGAGGGGAAGACGGGCAGCGGCUGUGCUCUGGACUGUGGAGCAGGCAUUGGGAGGAUCACCAAGCGUUUACUGCUUCCUCUUUUCAACACCGUGGACCUGGUGGACGUGACGCAGGAGUUCUUGGACAAAGCCAAGACAUACCUGGGAGAAGAGGGCAAGAGAGUGGGGAACUACCUUUGUUGCGGCCUGCAGGACUUUGUACCAGAGAAUGGACGCUAUGAUGUCAUCUGGAUCCAAUGGGUCAUUGGACACCUGACAGACGAUCACCUUGUGGAGUUUCUGAGACGCUGCCAGAAAGCCCUGCGGCCCAACGGCCUCAUCGUCAUCAAGGACAAUGUGUCGUAUGAGGGCGUGGUCCCUGAUGAGGUGGACAGCAGCGUCUGCCGCGACCUGGAAAUAGUUCACAGUCUCGUGAGCAGAGCGGGCCUCCGAAUCGUCCACGAGGAGCAACAAAUGAACUUCCCAAAGGAGAUCUACCAAGUCCACACACUGGCUCUCAGAUAGAGGACCGUUCCCUCCUCCGUGGAUAGAACGAGGACAGCCUUAUAUGUACACAAAGUAUUUCUAAUGUGGAAAUGAUGUUUUUCUAGUCAGCGAUUUAUUAUUUGUUUGGAAAUGAUCUGCAGUGGGAGUGUGUUUGGUAACUACAAGCAUCAGUCUUCUGCUCUGUGCUUACUGCUGAGUCAUCUUUUCUGGGCUACCCGGCCUUAAGCUACAGUCACAUUACACUUGUCUUAUAAAUAUUUGCUCCGUCUCCCAUUCAGGAUCAACAAAAUCUUUGUUCCACUUAGGCUGGUUGGAUAUGCACAGUCGACUAUGAUGCACUCAUUAUUCUAGCACUGCACCCCCACCAGACUACAAACUACAGCAUCACUCUUACACUGUUUACAGUUGUCAUCACUUUGCCCAAUAUUUAUUUAUUACCCAAACUGGAAAUAUGGCAUCACAUCACAGACCACACCCUUACCCCAGUGUUUACUGGAAGCAUUUCUGAAGCACAGCAACUUCAAGCAGUCUGUUCUUAAGCUGACAUGUUUAAAUAUUGUUUGGAGUUAGAAUUUGUGGAUGUUAUACAGCUUAUUGGAAACAUGUUUGCAGGUAAUUUGUGGUCAAUGGGGUAACAGAGACUGUGGCUGUGUUUUUACUCGUUUAAAUUGGGGAUGUCCCAAUCAAGUUUUAGGGUAUGUGCUGAUACAGAGUCUGAUCUGAUGCUUCUAUUUACCUAAAUGUUCAUUAAAUGUAUCUGACGCAUUGGAAUAACAGCUGAAGCACACCAAA